CUUGUUUUACUCGUUUGACGCAUCAUCUCAGAUGUCGACUUGCCCCUUCGCCUACGCGCAGCGCACAACGGACGGACCAGUGACCUGCACCUGGACGCCCGGCGCCCCGCUGACCUCAUCGCCGCACCACCACGUCCCCCUGCAACCCGAGCCAAAGAUCUUGGACAACGUUCUGGGCCACAUUGGCAACACCCCCCUCGUCCGCAUCAACAAGAUUGGCGCCUCGCUCGGUCUCAAGUGCGAGCUCUUGGCCAAGUGCGAGUUCUUCAACGCUGGUGGCUCCGUCAAGGACCGUAUUGGCUACCGCAUGGUUGUGGAGGCUGAGCUCAGCGGCCGCCUCCAGAAGGGCGACACUCUCAUCGAGCCCACUUCUGGCAACACUGGUAUUGGUCUUGCUUUGGCUGCCGCAGUCAAGGGCUACCGUUGCAUCAUUGUCCUUCCCGAGAAGAUGAGCCAGGAGAAGGUUGACGUUCUUCGCGCCCUCGGUGCCGAGAUUGUGCGCACCCCGACGGAGGCUGCUUGGGACUCGCCCGAGUCGCACAUUGGCGUGGCCGCUCGUCUCAACCGCGAAAUCCCCCGCUCGCACAUUCUCGAUCAGUACAAGAACCCUUACAACCCGAUUGCUCACUACGACGGAACUGCCGAGGAGAUUCUCCAGCAGUGCGACGGCAAGAUCGACAUGCUCGUCGCUGGCGCCGGCACUGGCGGCACGAUUGCUGGUAUUGCCCGCAAGAUCAAGGAGCGCAACCCGGACUGCAAGAUUGUCGGCGUCGACCCCCACGGCUCCAUCCUUGCCGAGCCCGCAGAGCUCAACAAGACCGACGUCACCACCUACCAGGUUGAGGGCAUUGGCUACGACUUUAUCCCCAACGUGCUCGACCGCGCCAUUGUCGACAGCUGGAUCAAGUCCAACGACAAGGAUUCGCUGCUGAUGUCGCGUCGCCUCAUUCGCGAGGAGGGGUUGCUUUGCGGUGGCUCGUCCGGCACGGCCAUGUGGGCUGCUUGCCAGGCCGCGCGUGAGCUGAAGGAAGGCCAACGCUGCGUCGUCAUUCUGCCCGAUUCAGUCCGCAACUACAUGACCAAGUUCUUGAGCGACGACUGGAUGCUUGCUCACGACUUUAUCGAGCCGACCCCUUCCAAGGCUGACGAGUGGUGGUCCAACAAGACUGUGGCCGAGCUCAACCUGUCUGCGCCGCUGACCGUUUUGCCUUCCGUCACGUGCGCUGACGCCGUCGACAUUCUCAGGCGCGAGGGCUUUGAUCAAGUUCCCGUGGUCGACGUUGACAACAAAAUUCUCGGCAUGGUGACUGAGGGCUCGUUGAUGGCCAAGUUGGUCAGCAAGCGCAUCGGAUCGACCGAUCCCGUUUCGAAGGUUCUGUACACUCAGUUCAAGCAAAUCCCGCUUUCCACCAAGCUGUCUCAGCUUUCGCGCAUCCUUGAUCGCGACCACUUUGCUCUGGUCGUGAACACCCAGCGCUGCUAUUCGAAUGGCACGGAUGUGUCGGUCAAGAAGAUUGUGUACGGCAUUGUCACCCGCAUUGACUUGCUGAACUUUAUCAUGACCCACGCUCCUCAGCAGUAAAAGAGGGUCACAGAGCUGACUGCUCCAUCAUGAUUUGAAAGGACAUGGUUGUGUAUUUCCCUAUCCUCUGUUCGUUUUCCUCCCCCCCCCCUUCGUUGACUGUCGUUACUCUUCAGUGUCCCCGUUAUGCCCAUUCCGCCCCCCCCCCCUUGCCCCAUCUAACAACACAAACGUACCCAAUCGUUUGUUUUGUGAUUUUUAUUUCUUCUUGAUGCUUUCCAUUUGAUUCAAUACACAUUUAUUUCU